AAAAGCAAUUUCAGUUGGAAUUGCACACAAAUCGGAAUAACAACGUUGAGCAAUGCGAGCGGAGUAUUAUUUCUUAUUUCUGCUGAUAGCUGGCUGUCAGAGUCAUUCGGUUUUUGAGAAGAUUGGUGAUGGCUAUUACUUUAUAGGCAGUGAAAAGACAGCGGAUCAUUACUUUGACUGGUUUAUUGCGAGGCGAGCUUGCUGGCGAAACGUAAGUAACCUAGUCUCUGUGGAGACGUCGGAGGAGCUGACAGCUCUUGAAGAUUACAUCGUAUCCAGGGGCUAUCCUGAUGGCAGCACCUUCGCCACCUCGGGCCACAACUUCUACAGCCAACCGCCCUUCUCUUGGGAGGGCUCUAAUAAGCCUGUAAACUUCGCCCGCUGGGCUCCCAAUUCCAAGGUUUUCGUGGAGAAGAGCUAUCUCUCCCUGGAACUCAUCAACAGCUCGCUGUACAUGCGGCGAUCCUAUGGCCUGGAUGACUACUUCAUCUGCGAGUAUAGGCUCUCGGCGAAUCAGCUUUGGCUGUACCUGGAUCCCACGACCAGGAUAGGGAUUGUGCUUGUCAUCGGAUGCUUAGCAUCUCUUGGUCUCCUGAUCCUUUUGCAUAGAUGGAUGCCAAGAAGGAAACCAGUCCAAAGCCCGGAUGACAAAGAAAGUCUAAUAUAAGAAAAAUAAAGUCAAUAAUAAUUAUUGAUUAUUACAAUUAUGAUUAAAAUCAAUCUUCCUGAUAUUAUUGUUAUAAAAGUAAAGAUAUUCAUUUCAUCAUUAUUAUUGUUAUUAUUAAGCACUUAUUCGUUGUAAAUGAAUUGUGUUUUGUAAAUACAUAAACUCUCUGUGGCUGCCACAUGUGGGUUCUCAAUUUA